AGGGGUUUUGAGCAAAACUUGACAUGAUUAUAGCAUUCAAAUUUAGUUUCAAUUUAGUAGUGUUUUAAUCAACUUAGGUGUUCUUUAGCUGUAGAUACAAAUUUAAUUUAAAGCGAUUGUGCAGCUAAAGUGAAGGACAAACGACUACCACCUAAAUUUAAAAAUUGUUCCACAAAAUAGCCGAUAGUGUGAAAUAAAACAAAGAAAAAAGUCCGCUUGUGACAGUUGCGCUUAAGCAACGCAUAAACGCUGAAGUAAACGCAAACAUCCGCUAAUAAAAAAAGAUUAUUUUUUGUUUUGUUUUCAAUCAAUCGCGUGCAAAAGAAGAAAAAAUAAUAAUAAUAAAAAAAAAGAGAAGAAGAAAAAAAUUGAAAGAAAUAGACAUACACACAACCAAACGGAACGAUAUUGUAUCAAAGCAUUUUUCAAUCAGUUGAUCGAUUCACAUACAAAAUUGCAGUCUCAAUAAACAAAAGUGAAACUCUUAAAUAAAGGAAAUACCUAAAGUACGUGAUAUAAAUUCUAAGCGUUACACUAUGGCCUUAAUUAUGCGAUAUAUUGACAGUAUGCAAAGAUAUAUGGACAAUGCUGGCGACCCCAGGACAAGGGAUUGGCCAAUGAUGUCGUCACCAUUUCCAACUUUAGGAAUAUGUUUAUUAUAUGCUUAUUUUGUUAAGGUUGUUGGCCCUAAACUUAUGGAAAAUCGUAAACCCUUUAAUUUAAGAUACAUACUUAUUUUAUACAAUUUUGUCCAAGUAAUAUUUAGCGCAUGGCUGUUCUAUGAGUGCCUAAUGGGCGGUUGGUGGGGUGAAUAUAGCUUCCGAUGUCAACCAGUCGAUCAUAGUGCCAGUCCGACUGCAACAAGAAUAGCAAUAUCCGGUUGGCUAACCGGACAUUAUAACUUCCGAUGUCAACCUGUUGAUUAUAGCAACAGUCCUAGAACGUUAAGGAUGGUUCAUGCGUGUUGGUGGUACUACUUCUCGAAGUUCACAGAAUUUUUCGAUACGUUUUUCUUUGUGCUGCGAAAGAAGAACAGCCAAGUAUCAACAUUACACGUUAUUCAUCAUGGUUGCAUGCCGAUGUCAGUAUGGUUUGGCGUUAAAUUCACACCAGGUGGUCACAGCACGUUCUUUGGACUUUUGAAUACAUUCGUGCACAUUGUCAUGUACUCGUACUACUUGUUCAGUGCAUUAGGACCACAAUUCCAAAGAUACUUAUGGUGGAAAAAGUAUCUUACUGCCCUUCAAAUGGUUCAAUUCGUUCUUAUUAUGGUACAUGCAUUCCAAUUGUUGUUCAUUGACUGCAACUAUCCAAGAGCGUUCGUUUGGUGGAUUGGCUUGCACGCUGUCAUGUUCUUCUUCCUUUUCAACGAAUUUUAUAAAUCGACAUACAAAUACCAUAUAUCACGACGCGCAUUGCAGAAGAAAUUACGAGAAAUGGAAAAUGAAGCUGUCCGAAAUGGAGUCAAACAAAACGGUACAACUGCCAUCAAUGGAGUAAAUGGUGUGAACGGCGUAAAUAGUUUAAAUGGUGUGAAUGGCGUGAACGGAUCAUUGGAUCAAUAUUAUGAUUCAGUUAAUCACAAUCACAUUAAUAAUAAAAAGAAUAUCGAAUAUAACGAUAAAUACAGCUAUGACAAUGCCAAUGGCACAACGGAAUUGAUUAAUCGAAAGAAAUAACGGCUAAAAAAUAAAACAAAACGACAUAAAAUCAUAUAGAAAAACAAAAUAUAUACAAAAUUUUAAAAUGAAAUAAGAAUCAGCAGUUUUUCAGCAAACACAGAGAAAGAAGAAAAAAGAUGAGCAAAUAUACCAACAUUUCAUUGUAAGCACAUAGUGUAGUGACACUAUCCGAUUUUAUUUCAAGCCAGUAGUUGGAAAAUGAAACAAAUCACCGAAACAUAAAAACCAUUUAAGAAACGGACAUUUACCAAUUAAUGCAUGCAUACACAAAACACACCGAUGAAUAAACAAAAAAACGUAGCUUAUGGCUGGGGUUAUUUAUUUUUCAAAUAAUUUUAACGACUUUUUUUUAAAGAAAAAAAACUUAUUUAUAAAUAAUAAUAUUCAGAAUUAAAUUCAAGAUACGAAAUUCAAGGAACUAUUUCAUUAACAGCUACAUUCUAACGAAGAAGAAAAAAACACAGAAUAGGCAAACAAUUGUUAUUGCUAUUACAAUUUUAGCGGAAACAUUCUUUUUUUUCUCGAAAAACAAAAAAAAACACGAAUUUCUAUCAGUUUUCACACGAAAUAGUAGUAGUAGUAGUAGUAGAAACCAGGCAACAGUGUAAAUGAUGUUGACAUCAGUCAAGCUCUUUGUGAUGAUGUAUUCAAAAAAAAAAAACGCAAGCAAUGGAUUUGCAAUGCAACAGGAACAUUCUUACCGCUAACACACACAAACAAAUGCGCGGUAUUAUACACCAUUGCAUUACAAAAUUAUUUGCAAUUGCGUAUAUUUAGAAAAAAAAAAAACAAUGAUUAAAACAAUCGUAUAAUUACAAAAAGUCCUAUUUUGAAUUGAAAAAAACGUACCACUUCCUUCAUAUUACUCCAGAAAUAUGUUGAAAGCGGUUACAUUUCUUAUUCGCUCUGAAGAAAAUAGGCAUAAAAAGCGGUUGAUGACAUACUCUCUUAUUCAUUUCUAAUAUAGAAAUAUAUUUGUGAUUGAAUUGAGUGUAUGACAUACGUUGUUUUUGAAAUAAAAAACCAAUAUUAGGCGAAAAAAAGGUACUUGUUGAGUAGUAUACAUUUCUUUUGUUGUCUCCCUUGUUAAAUCGCUUUUUAAGCAGCAAUUUUGCAUACAAAACACAUACAUUUUUUGUUGUUCAUGCUUUUGCGCAUUUACAAUAUUAAUAACAUUUCUUUUCUUUAUUUCCUAGAUUUUGUAAUCUUAUCCUUCUAUAAAUCUUUUUUUGGCAAACAAUUUGCUUUUUAAAAGCGUCACAAAUCGAAAACUAUUUUCACGAAUUUUCUUUUAAAUAAAACAUCCAUAUUUUAGAAGAUGCUUUUCUUUUGUAACUUAAUCAUUAAUUUUUUUUUUGUCAAUAGUAUUAUCAAUUGAAAGUAGGAAAAGGAAAUGAUAAAUUGUACUUAAGAAAAUUUAUAUUAAAUAAAGAAUUAAAUUAAUUAAAGAAUAAAAAAAAAAACAAAAAAAAUUGAAACAAACAAACAAAAAAGUGUUAUGAAACGAAGUCGAACAUUUUUUUUGUUUUGGAUAAGUUUAACUGCGAAAAACCGAAGCAAAUAAAUAAAUAUUUAAACUA